AUGACCGUGAAAACUAUUUCCUAUCGAACACUGACCAGUGAUGACAUUCUUUUUUACACUGGCAUUCCUGUCGCUGUAUUUGACAAACUCGUGUUAGCACUGAAGACUCAGGACAAGACAGUCUGCAAGGUCUUGACCAUCGAAGACCAGCUGCUAUUGACCCUCAUGAGGCUUAGACUUGGCCUCCUUUGUGGAGAUCUAGCAAGACGAUUCGAGGUCUCAGUCGCUUAUAUUUCUAGAACAUCUUCGAGAGUGCUGGACGACCUGGUGAAGAUCAUGCAAGAAGUUGUUGUAUGGCUGCCCCGCUCAAGGUUGCGGGCAAGCAUGCCAGAGAGUUUCAGAAACAGUGAGUACAGUCGUACAACAUGCAUAUUUGACUGCACUGAGGCACUAAUGCAAAGGCCACGGAAACUGAUGGCCAGAUCCCAAAGUUACAGCCAAUACAAGGGUGCAAACACAAUGAAAUUUCUUACCGUCAUAGCACCAAAUGGAUUUAUAAUGUUCGUGUCAGAUGUGUAUGGAGGCAGGGCCUCAGACAAAUACAUUGUAAAGACAUGUGGAGUGGAAGAAUACCUCCUUCCAGGGGACGAGAUAAUGGCAGACCGCGGUUUCAAGCUUGACCCUCAUCUUGAAGUUCAAGGGAUUAAAAUGAACAGGCCUGCAUUCACAAAAGGUAGGUAUCCACAAUAGUGUUUGUGAUGACCUCCAUAAGUUUAAAGAGCUGCACAGUAAUUACAAGCGUGUACAUGAUUGCCUUUUUGUUUUUGUUCUUUUCUUAGGAAAGGAUUAGCUGCCUGAAAGUGAAGUCACCGAAACUAGGCGCAUCGCUUCGCUGCGAAUUCAUGUUGAGCGGGCAAUCAACCGAAUCAAGACGUACAGAAUUUUCAAACAAGUACUGCCCAUCAAGUCAAGAAAGUAUGCUAGCAAAAUUGUCCUUGUUUGUGCGGGACUCUGCAACCUUAAAAGUCCACUCAUCAAU